GGUUCCUGGUGCGUCACCCCGGAGUUCCUUAAAGGGGAAGCGAGCGAGGCGGCGGGCGGCGCGGGUGCGGUGGCGGAAGGCCCCGCGCGCUAGGAGGAUGCCUGCGGCGUCCGCGAGACCAUGCAAUGGCGAGCGCUCGUCCUGGGGCUGCUGCUCCUGCGGCUUGGCCUCCAAGGAGCGCUAUGGCUCGUCUUCGGGCUGGGGCCCAGCAUGGGCUUCUACCAGCGCUUCCCGCUCAGCUUCGGCUUCCAACGCUUGACGGGCCCCGACGGCCCUGCGUCUCCCGCCCCUGAGCCGGCGGACGGGCCCGGGACCCCCGGGGGCCCGACGGGGCCGUCGUGGCUGCAGUCGCCGGGUCCCCGGGCGCCGGCGGGGCGGCAGCGGGCCCCGCGGCGACCGCGGCCCGGCGUGUGCGGCCCGGCGCACUGGGGAGACGUGCUGGGCGGCCGCGGCCGCGGCCCGGACGAGUACGAGCGGCGCUAUAGCGGCGCCUUCCCGCCGCAGCUGCGUGCCCAGAUGCGCGACCUGGCGCGGGGCAUGUUCGUCUUCGGCUACGACAACUACAUGGCGCACGCCUUUCCGCAGGACGAGCUCAACCCCAUAGAUUGCCGCGGCCGUGGGCCUGACCGCGGAGACCCCUCCAACCUGAACAUCAACGACGUCCUGGGCAACUACUCGCUGACGCUGGUGGACGCGCUGGACACGCUCGCGAUAAUGGGAAAUUCAUCCGAGUUCCAGAAAGCAGUCAAGUUAGUGAUCAACACAGUCUCAUUCGACAAGGAUUCCACCGUCCAAGUCUUUGAGGCCACCAUAAGGGUCCUGGGGAGCCUGCUCUCGGCCCACAGGAUAAUCACGGACUCCAAGCAGCCCUUCGGGGACAUGGCGGUCGAGGACUACGACGACGAGCUGCUGCACAUGGCCCGCGACCUGGCCGUGCGGCUGCUGCCGGCCUUCGAGAACACCAGGACGGGCAUCCCCUACCCCCGGGUGAACCUGCAGACGGGCGUCCCUCCUGACAGCAACAACGAGACCUGCACGGCCGGAGCCGGCUCCCUGCUGGUGGAGUUCGGGAUCCUGAGCCGGCUGCUGGGGGACUCCACCUUCGAGUGGGUGGCCCGGCGGGCCGUGAAGGCCCUGUGGAGCCUCCGGAGCAACGACACGGGGUUAUUAGGCAACGUGGUCAACAUCCAGACGGGCCGCUGGGUGGGCAAGCAGAGCGGCUUGGGGGCGGGGCUGGACUCCUUCUACGAGUACCUCCUGAAGUCCUACAUCCUCUUCGGCGAGAAAGAAGACCUGGACAUGUUCAACGCCGCCUACCGGAGCAUCCGGAACUACCUGCGCAGAGGUCGGGAAGCCUGCAACGAGGGGGAAGGAGACCCGCCGCUCUACGUGAACGUGAACAUGUUCAGCGGGCAGCUGAUGAACACGUGGAUCGACUCCCUGCAGGCCUUCUUCCCCGGUCUGCAGGUGCUGAUGGGGGACGUGGAGGACGCCAUCUGCCUGCACGCCUUCUACUACGCCAUCUGGAAGCGGUACGGCGCCCUGCCCGAGCGGUACAACUGGCAGCUGCAGGCCCCGGACGUGCUCUUCUACCCGCUGAGGCCCGAGCUGGUGGAGUCCACGUACCUGCUCUACCAGGCGACCAAGAACCCCUUCUACCUGCACGUGGGCAUGGACAUCCUGCAGAGCCUGGAGAAGCACACGAAGGUCAAGUGCGGGUACGCCACGCUGCACCACGUCAUCGACAAGUCCAAGGAGGACCGCAUGGAGAGCUUCUUCCUCAGCGAGACCUGCAAGUACCUGUACCUGCUCUUCGACGAGGAGAACCCAGUGCACAAGUCCGGGACCAGGUACAUGUUCACGACCGAGGGGCACAUCGUGUCUGUCGACCAGCACCUGCGGGAGGCCCCCUGGAAGGAGCUGUUCCCCGAGGAGGGCGGGCGGGGCCCCGAGGGGAAGCCGGCGCGCAGACCCAAGUCCCACGACGUGAAGGUCGUCAACUCCAGCUCCAACUGCAACCGCGUGCCGGACGAGAGGAGGUUCUCGCUGCCCCUGAAGAGCGUCUACAUGCGGCAGAUCGACCAGAUGGUCGGCCUCCUCUGAGCCGCGCCGCGCCGCCGGUGCCGACCCGGACCCAACGCCGCGCCCGGCCCUGCGGACUGUCUGCGGCCCCCACCCCGCGGGCCCGGGGCCCCGCCCGGCCCUCACCCACGUCUGGCAGAGUCUCGCUCACGUCGCUGUUUCUCCGUUCAAUAAAGUGCCCGUGUUUCUUAAGGA